GCAAUGGACAUCAAAUGACAACAAGGUCUUUCUCAUAUUUGUCUCAUUCACUUCGGAAUAAAAAUUCAUAGAACUGUUACAUCUCAAGCAAUUGAGCGCACCUUAACUGUUGUCGAUUGGAUUGAAAUAAUGGAAAGCCGACCGGAACCAUGGAACCCCCCGCAAAGAGAAUGAGGCUUGGGCAAGCCCCUUACGACGACAAUGAUGACGAUGAAGCAAAUCUGGACGAAUUGUCUAUGGACCCGACACAAUUUGAUGCUAGGCAGGAUCCUCUUUAUGAACUCGAUAAAGGAAGGGCUAAGGCUGCCUCGAGACUGAAAUCAGCCUUUGAACGUAUAUUCGAAAAGUAUGAAAGGGACUUUACUGACAUCGGCGAUGAGAUUGAUCUUGAGACCGGUGAGGUGAUAGUAAACAAUGGACAUCUCCUGUCUCUAGAGGAUGAGAAGGAUCGCAAUAGGGAGGGUUCUAUCUCAAGUGAAGAAGAAGAAAGGAUCAUGAGAGGAAAGGAGACCAACUCACUUCAAGUCUCGCAUAUCAAGCCCUCGAUACAGGCCACCCCAUCCGCGCAUCAUCCUCUAGGAUUUCAUGCAGGACCAAGUCAACAACUUAUGGCUCAUCCUCAGUUUUCGUCACCUGGGAUACCUCCAAACCCAUACGGGUUUAUGGACCCGUUCAUGGGUCACGGGCCGGCUGACCCGCUCUGGCAAGCUCCGGACUUACCUAUGCCCCUAUAUCAGGAUAGGUUUGGCUUUAUAGGCCAAUCCAUGGGCUAUCCGCCUUCCUUUGGCUACGGAUAUGGCCCAAUGCUAGCUCCGGGAGGAGGCUUUGGCCAUGGGUCGUUCGGUGAUUUCUUUCAUCCACAAGCACCGAAGAAACUUCCUGCGAAGACUCCGGCUCGGCAACUUUUACCUCGCGUAGCAUCAGAUGCAGACAACUCUGAAGAGGAUGAUCUUCUGUUGGGUAGCAAUACGGAAGAGGUUGUUAAGAGUGUGUCUAUAAAAAGCAUGAAGUCUUUGCCACCAACUGUAGUGACUGAGAAAACAAAACAAGUGGCCCCGAAGGAUGUCAAAUCUAUCCCCACUGCUGGGAAAGAGAAGGGUUCCGAAAAGCCACGUCGAGGUCGACCAAAGAAAGCAGUCGUACCUGCAAAACCACCAGAAUCCAAUGACGAAGCAAAUGGAGAACACGGGAGAACUAUAGAGGCCGCCCCUAGCAUUGGGAUACUGAAUCCGACGGAGCCUACAAACAACCCAACAAUUACACCAAUACCACCGUCUUCAUCAUCUGAAGGACCUGUAAAGGAAAUAGUUGGCACCGAGAUAACCGAGACUGAGACGUCAACCGCGGUAUUAACUGAAGCGCCAACUGAGGGGGACAUUCAAUCUCUCGGUUCCCAACGUAGGAGGUCUUCACGCGGUCGCAAACAGACGGAAUUCUAUGGUCAAAUCACCUGGACGAAAUCACGUAGAGCAAACCCAGAUGUGACUGAUACACAAGAUGUCACGGAAGAUUUCGUUGAUGAACCUACUGAUUUACUGCCGCCAGAAAUGAAUGAUUCUCUUGAGCCUGUGAGGUCUGAGGACGCUCCGUGUGAAGAAACCAUGGGGCCUGACCUGAACACGCAGCCUGAAGAGGUCAGUAACAAAGAUUGUGUCAAUGGGACCGAUGUUACUGUCCCAAGUCAAGAACACCACGAUGGAGGGCUGCCUGUCAAUAUAGGUAAUCUAGAUGGGGAUGAAGUACUACAAAGUACUGCGAUUAACCCUCAACCAAUUGCUGAGAACUCAGAGCAGCCAGACCCUUUGUUCUCAAUUGGUGCGUCUAUAAAUGAGAUGGGAGCCUCCCCGGGAAACAAAGAGAUGCGUUCUUCCGACAAGCCUGGAAAACAUAACGGCCUCUUGAAUGAAGACAUCCCGGUCCAUUCAUCGGAGGAUAUCGCCCAGGAUACAAAUUCUGCUCAGCUAGAUAUCGAAGAACCCAAGCUUGAAGGCCUUGCUACAGAGGAUACAACUGUUGGAAUUGAUGUGGAAACUACAUCGCCUAGCCUCGUGGACAAAGGGCUCCCAGUCGCCGCCAUAGAAGAGAUGCUUGAGCCAAACCUUAUAUCAGAUGAUCAUCGAGAAACACCCCAGAGUCCAACUACACAAAUACAGUUAGAGGAAGCUGCUCAAUUGCCCGACACCGUUCAAGAAAAGGACUUAUCACACGAAGCCGAGAUCGCAGAGUCAGAAAUCGCAGAGUCGGAAGUCGCAGAGCUGGAAAUGCCUCCCAAAAGCACCCCAAGUCGGCCCAGCCUUACAGAAGACUCCGACCCCCUAAGCUUGCCGGACGAGGAUGAGCCCACGCUCCCACCAGCUCGACUCCCAAUAUCACACCAAUCCAGGAUUCCCGGACUCUUCGAGAAGGCCGAGCUAGCUCUACGGCCACAAGUACGUCCGAGAGACCCUCGUACGAAGAUCGUGCAAAGAAAAAGCGUUUCCCCAUCAAAAUCUCCAAGUCCCUCAAAACACCGCCCUUCCCUCCCCGCCAAACCAAGCACCACCAUCCCAGUCCCCACUACGCCAAAGAAAAAACGACGGGAUUCGCAGACGGAAAUGAACCACGUAACCGCCUCCGCAAGGAAGAAAUACGCCCUAACCUCCCUCGUCCCAGACGACCCGGACGAAGACGAUGACGAGCUAAGCGUCCUCGCAUCGAGCGUCGCGCCCAGCCCCUUCCUCUCCUCUUAUUCCAACUCCCACUCCCACUCCUACUCUUCCUCUAACCCCCCCCCGCGAUUCACCGCCCACUCUUCCUCCCUAGCCGCCACACCCCGUAAAACAGGCCGUCGACACGGUUUCCUCAUGGGUUCUGCGUCUACUUUUACCCCCACCUCGCGCUCCGCGCUCCGCACCCCGCAUCGUAUCAGCAAGCGCGGCGCGCCCCCGGCAACCGAUUCCCGCGCCUCGCGCGGUCCGAAGCCGGGGUACGGCUCGGGAUCCGGCGUGCAGAGCUCGCCGCUGGCGCGCACGGUGAUGAGGAGCUUGAAGCACCGGGACUCGCUUGCGGCUUCGCCGUCGAGGAGGGGGAGGAAUAGGGAUAGAGAUAGGGAUCAGGACGAAGCGGGGAGCGUGGAGUUGGGGAGUAGUCCCGUACGCACGCCUGGCGGCACGGCGAGAAGGUGCGGCGAGGAUGGGUUUGUGUGUGAGCGGGAUUUCUGCUUUACUUGCUGUAAGUAAGGUGGUGACCUAGUUAUGGAUUAUAUAUCUUGCUAGGGGGCAGGGCGGAGACGGUUAUCUGUGGGGGAUUUGGUGGCGAGUGAGUGAGUGAGUAAGUGGGUGAGUGGGCAGAGCAGAGAGAGGCAGAGCUAGAAAGGCACAAGGGUGAAGAAAGGGACGAGGAGAGAAGAGAAGCGAAGAGAGGCUGAGAGAGCUACAUAAACUAGAGCUAGGAGCUGUAUAUAUGCAUAGAGCUAACGAGUAAGAGAAGCUUCUGCUUCAAAGCUCCGUAAAUACCGAUUGCAAGAACUCUAAGGUUAAUAUAUUAUAUUAAUAUACUGCUGUAUAUAUCAUACUAUUAA